GUGUAGAAUGACUACUUGCUGCAGCUACAGAAAAAAAGUCUUUUGGGAUAUUUCUCGAUUGUUUUGCGAAACUUUGCAAAAUGGCUCAAACUCAGGCACAUCUAUACAAUUUUCAAGUCUUGCCGCAAAUCUUUGGAUUCAGAUUUGGAAUUUGGACUGCAUUAGAUCCUAUUCAUUCUAGAAGGUGAACCUCCAUAUCUUGAAAGUCAUUGAUUUGUUUAAUGUGAAGAUAUUUAAAGUAUAUGAGAACCUAUUCUUGGCUCUAAUAUAUGCAUUUCCUUAAAGGUUAACCAUAACUGUUGAUAAACAGAGGAUUUAUUUAUGCUCAAGGCAACCUUGCUUUAUACAUUUAAUUGCUUCUGCAUGCAUUUGAAUAAAAAAACAAGGCUGAUGCACUGCAUUAACUCAGGGAUUCAACCUGCAGGGGUUUACUUUGCAGCAAAAAUGGUGCAAACCACUCAGUUUUAAAAAAAACAUCCAGUGGCUAAGCAUAUCAUAAAUUGUGUGGAGUCAUAAAAUUGCUUUUGCAUUCUGCUCAUGUACUGUAUCCUUUUUAAGAACUUCAAGAAGAACGUUUGUGAGCUGUAUUCAGUUUUCAGGUUUUUGCCUUUAUUUUAUUGGAAACAAAGUAGGUACAACAGAUGACUUGUUUAAUACCAACUUGUGUUUAAUACCAUCCACAAAUCCUGCAAGUUAAAUGAAAAUUUUUCACCUUGCUUGCACCAAAUACCACACUACAAAGUGAUGAGAUGUUUGGAUUUAAUUUUACUGCUCUGCAAAAUUCAUCCACCCCCAGGCGGUUUCUUCUGUUGCAUACUAGAUGUAAGCAUCUCAUGAGUUCACAAAAUUUAGCUUUAAGGCUCAAUAUUGCUAAAAUUUGAAGUUACUUCAUUGCAACUUUUACCUCUUGAAUUCAUUCUGUCCAUGAAAAAUCUAUCUAGAAUUUUAUAUACACUGAUCAUUGCUACAUUUAAUUCAUUGUAAAUGAUCUUUUCUGUUUGUUGUUUUAGGCGAGAAUGAUUUUCUUUGUUUUUUUACUCUAUUUUUAAAUUUAUUGUGGAUUCUUUCCAGUGACUACAGGAUCCAAAUGAUGCCUACAGGCUCAAGUAUAUAUACAUUCAUACCGCGCAGAUGGAACUAUAAAGAAGAAACGCUACCUCUAAAGACUUUAGCGUCUGCUCAAAUCAACAUCAAUGCUGGUAAAACUUGAAGAUUGGGUGUUCCCAACAGGGCAGUGAUCCCUGACAUACGUCCGUUUCAGCCAUAUAUGACAUUUAUGAUGGCCUCAGAAAGAAGUGCUGCUGCAAAUGAUUCUUAAAACAAUCCGUUAAAUUUGAGGUCUAAAUUGGAAUAGCCUUAUGGUGAAGCCCCUGGAAAACAAUUAUACCAAAUGACAUCACUUUGAAAGUAACGUAUUUCACAUUUCUCGCCCUAUUUCCUUGCAGGGUUUUAUAAUGUUGCAUGCGCGGAGCGGUGGCCCAGCUGGAUGUACAGCAUAGUUGAAAGGAGAAAAAAUUCUGUAUGUGUAGUGAGGCGAUGAUUCGUGGGCAUCCUGUUUCCCUCGCUCUGCUGCUGCUAUGUGAUAGCCAGAGUUUGUUUCCGUGUCCCCGUCAGCCAGACAUGCUGCCUCCCCCGCCAAGCAGUGAGAGCUGCAGGGACGGCCAGAUGAAACGGUGCCUUGCUAUCUACAACUGAGUUCAACUGGGGUUGAACGGGCAUCAUGUAAGCCUUUUAGGGGAAGGAAGCUGUUGGAUUUCUUCUUUAGUUACCUUAACUUUGAUCUGGGAGAUAUCUAAAGAUGUUCAAGAUGAUCCAGGUAAUCUGUUUGACAGUGCUGCUCCCUGAAGUGGUUUACUGCGCUCAAGGCCACUAUGCCCAGAAGCUCCUGAACGACCUGAUGGAGAAUUACUCCAGUGCCCUUCGGCCUGUGGAGGACACAGACAGAGCGCUCAACGUAACCUUACAGAUCACCCUCUCUCAGAUCAAAGACAUGGAUGAGAGGAACCAGGUGCUGAUUGCCUACCUGUGGAUUAGGCAGACGUGGCACGAUGCCUACCUGAGAUGGAACACAGAAGACUACGAUGGUCUGGACGUCAUCCACAUACCCAGCAGUCUGGUCUGGCGGCCCGACCUCGUCCUCUAUAACAAAGCUGAUGAUGAUUUCUCAGGACCAAUGGACACAAACGUCAGGCUGCGCUACAACGGAGAGAUAACUUGGGAUGCUCCUGCCAUCACUAAGAGCUCCUGUGUUGUGGACGUCUCUUAUUUUCCAUUUGACAGCCAGGAAUGUAACCUCACCUUCGGUUCUUGGACGUACAAUGGCAACCAGGUGGAUAUCAUUAUGGGCAUGGAUAGCGGUGACCUCUCUGAUUUUGUGGAAAAUGUGGAGUGGGAAUGCCAUGGGAUGCCGGCCACGAAGAACGUGAUAAUGUACGGCUGCUGCUCCGAUCCGUACCCAGACAUCACCUACACUGUGCUCCUACAGCGCCGCUCCUCCUUCUACAUCUUUAACCUCCUCCUGCCAUGCUUCCUGAUCUCCUUCUUGGCUCCUCUGGGAUUCUACUUGCCUGCAGACUCUGGGGAGAAGGUUUCCCUCGGGGUGACGGUUCUCUUGGCUCUCACCGUGUUCCAGCUCAUGGUGGCUGAGAGCAUGCCUCCAUCAGAAAGUGUGCCUCUCAUAGGGAAGUACUACAUUGCCACCAUGACCAUGGUCACAGCCUCCACAGCGCUCACCAUUUUCAUCAUGAACAUUCACUUCUGUGGCGUAGAGGCCAAACCAGUCCCACACUGGGCCAAAGUGCUUAUCAUUGACUACAUGUCCAAGAUCUUCUUUGUAUACGAAGUGGGCGAGAACUGUGCUUCUGGCUCUUCUUCUUCAUCUUCUCACUACCUCCAAGACGACUUUUGCCACCCACAGGUUAACUCUCACAUUCAUGCGAAUGGAAAACCCCGGGGUCCCGGCAGCCAAGAGGACCAGCAGCGCCACAGAUACCCCCGGCCCCAACCCUCCAAGCAGCACCAGCAGCACAGAGUGAAAGUGCAGCACCACAUUACGAGAGAAGAGAGCGGCCAUCUCUCCAGAUCCGCACCUGGAAGGUAUGAAGGCUCCAACGGUAAAAUCACAAUGAGCGACUGCUGCAUGGAAGACCAGAAGCCUCCAGCUCAUCUGGAGGACCAAAAGUGUCCAUGCUGUCCUGAAGACAAAAAGCCUCCACCUCAGGGUCCCACCGUGACCUUUGGCCCCUGUGUGUUUUGCAGCUUUGGCAGCGGGUUUCCUAAUGUGGACACCAAGCUGGUCCGCAACGUGGAGUACAUUGCUAAUUGUUUCCGAGAGCAGAGGGCCACAUGUGCCAAGGGGGCAGAGUGGAAGAAGAUUGCUAAGGUGAUGGACAGAUUCUUCAUGUGGAUUUUCUUCGUCAUGGUCUUCCUUAUGAGCAUUCUUGUAAUUGGCAAGGCGAAAUGACCAACCAGUGUGGCUGGAAAUCUGACCCAAUGAAUGCUCUGUGGUCUGAUGCAAAUGGAUGAUAAGACCAUAUCAUGGUAAACAUUUGCUGUUAUAAAUGUGUGGGAGUUGAUUUAUAGGGGUGGAAUAUUGAUGAAAAAGAUAGAAAAUGGCAGAGAAAAUUUGUUCUCUGUCUUUAACAAGCAACGUGUGCUAUACAUCAACAAGAAAAAUGUUGAAUUAACAACGUAAUGGCAUUUUAGACUUACCCAAGGUUUCUAAAAUUUCCAUUUUGCAAUUCAAGAUUCAAAUUGUCAGAUAUCUCUGAUCAUUACAUUGUUUUAUGUGAUUUGAUCUGGUUUUUUUUCUCACAGUGUUUAGGUUUGAGAUCUUUUUUUAUCUUUCUGUCUUGAAAUAAGGCUUUUGGUUAAUUUCUGCCCAGGUGAUUUCUUGUAACAGCUCUGGUUUAAGAGUGGCUUACACAGGAGAUCUGACCUAGUUGUAACUCAGGUUUUAUUCCUGGCUCUUGAGUCUCUGGCCACCACCAUGACUUGUUAACCGUCCAGAGGUUUUUAUUCAGGAUGGUUUCACGAGCCUGUCAAUGCUAUUAUUAUCGCUGAUGCGUUCGGCUUUUCUGCUAUAUUUUUCCUUCCACUCAACUUUCCAUGAUACAAACUCUGAACAUCUGUUUUCGUAAGGAAUAAAACCUUUAGCUCGCUACAGGACAACUGUCAAGUUGUCAGGGUUUUCUAUAACAUGAUAUUUCUGCAUCCAAAAAUUACAUUAAAAUUUGUAACAUUAAAAUUUUUUGGGUGACAAAAUUUUGAAUUAUUGUUCAGCUGUAAAAAAUAAUCAAAAUUAAGAGAAAUCAAAGGUUGAAAUAAAAAGGAAACUCUUCAGGGGAUCCCAAAUAAAAUUUUCAGUUCACUUUGCUGUUGCAACUAUAUAAUUAUAUCCAUCUCUGAAUACUGUGAUCUGAAGCUCUUUGUUGCAAAUAAACUUUCAACAUCUUAUUAAUUUGAGGUAAGGUUUUUCAGCUUGUUAUGUUAGGAUCACUGCUUAAUUUUCUCAUUACCUCGAGACAUCAAAGCCCUGUUUUCUGAGAUUAUGGGGUGAUUUUUUUUUUUUAUUUUAAUGCAGAAAGCGUGAUGGUGAUGCUGGCAGGUGGAUGAAAACAUAAAUUUCUGUCACAGAUUACCUCUGAGUGUCGCAAUAGUGACGCUGAGGGAAGAAGCCACACAUUUUGAGACAUUAAUCAGCUUUUCAUCUUCUAAGCAAUUUUUAGUCGUUCUCAGUUUCAAUAUAUCUGUGUUGGUACAAAUGUAUUUUUUAAUUGUCUGUCAUUGUCAAUGCAUAUCCAGAUUUGGAAAAAAAAAAACUUUUUAACCUCUGUUUAGUGCAUAUUAAAUUCUUUGCUAU